AUGAAAGCCGUCAUCUGCCAGAACAGGACUCCCACGCUGGUCACCGAUCGCCCCCUCCCCCGCCUACGGGAUGACUACGUCCUCGUCAGGACCGUCGCGGUGGCACUCAAUCCAACGGACUGGAAGCAUGCCACUUUUGGCAUCGCAGACGACAACAACCUCCUCGGCUGCGACUUCGCGGGCGUCGUCGAGGAAGUCGGCCCCAAGGUGACAAAGUCGUUCGCAAAGGGCGACGAGGUCCUGGGCGUGGCCCACGGCGGCUGUCCCGAGCAACCGGAAGACGGAGCGUUCGCCGAGUACAUCGUCACCAAGGGCGACGUGUUGAUGAAAAGGCCCCACGGCCUGAGCUUCGAGAAGGCCUCGACCGUCAGUCUGGGGGCCAUCACCUGUGGCCAGGGUCUGUUCCAGAAGGCCCUCAAGCUGAACCUCCCGGACGAUCCGGUCACGUCGUCGAAACCAUUUGUCCUGAUCUACGGAGGCAGCACGGCCACUGGGUCACUGGGGAUCCAACUUGCCACACUUGCUGGAUAUUCCGUCCUCACGUUGUGCUCGCCCAAGCACUUUGACAAAGCGAAAUCCCUGGGAGCCGUCGAGGCAUUCGACUACCGCGAAGCCAACGUCGGGGCCAAGAUUCGAGACUACACCCAGGACUCCCUGAAGUAUGCCUGGGACACCUUCGGCAAGGAUGAGUCGGCCCAGAUCUGCGCGGACGCGCUCUCGUCAUCGGCGGCAGCAGCAGAAGGCUGUGUCUACGGCUGUGUGCUGCCGACCAAGUGCCCGCGCCCGGAUGUCCAUUCCAUCUCAACGGUCAUGUACACCAUGUUCAACGAGACCUUUUCCAUGAGAGGCACAGAGUUCCCAGCUAGCCUUGAGGAUUUCGAAUUCGCGAAAAAGUUCAUGGCCCUGUUCGAGACGUUGCUGGCAGAGGGCAAAAUACAGACCCACAGCGAGGUGGUGGGCGCCGACGGUCUCGAGGGAGUGAUCGAUGGGCUAGAGAAAUUGAAGUCGGGUCAAGUCAGUGGUCAGAAGUUGGUCUACCGGGUGGGAGAAACGCCAUGGACACAAAAAGGUCUGCUUGAGGGCGAUGCAGUUACAAAUAUGUAG